CCGUGCGCCGGAGCUUGUGGCGUCAAUGCGGCGGCUGUGUCCAUGGAGAGAGGCUGAGGUGGCCGAGUUCCGGCCCAAGGCACCGGGGCGCCGGGACGGCGAGGAUGUCGGCUUCGUUAGUCCGGGCCACUGUCCGGGCUGUGAGCAAGAGGAAGCUGCAGCCCACUCGGGCCGCCCUCACCCUGACACCUUCAGCAGUAAACAAGAUAAAACAGCUUCUUAAAGAUAAGCCUGAACACGUAGGUCUGAAAGUUGGUGUCCGAACCAGGGGUUGUAAUGGCCUUUCUUAUACUCUAGAAUAUACAAAGACAAAAGGAGAUUCUGAUGAAGAAGUUGUUCAAGACGGAGUCAGAGUGUUCAUCGAGAAGAAAGCACAACUGACACUUUUAGGAACAGAAAUGGACUAUGUUGAAGAUAAGUUAUCCAGUGAGUUUGUUUUCAAUAACCCAAACAUCAAAGGAACGUGUGGCUGUGGAGAAAGCUUUAAUAUUUGACUGCUCUGGCUGUGAGCUCUGGGAACACUCAUGGAAGUCCUAGGGCUUACUGAAGAAAUGAUGUGACUGUCGCGUGCUGAAAGGUUAUAAUGUAUGACUGCCUUAUGAGGAAAAUAAAAUGAUGCAUUUUGAAAGUGAAGCCAGUGUAUUAGAUUCCUAAAGAAGUGAUAUUUGUAUUAUUUUUAAAGGGCAGAAAAUGAGAAGCCAUUACUCUCUUUGAGUCAUUUUCCUGAUCUGUAAAGAAAAAAAAUCCUAUCCUGCACCUCCUUGUCUUCAUCGUUUUUAUUAGAACCAGUUUCAUGAAAGCCGCCUUCCUGGGAGGAUUUCAGGAAACGUACUUGAUACACGUGCACUGCAUAGAUCUCCACUGAGUGGUGCGAAUGUGCAUUUACCAACCAGAUUGAUGGCUCUUAAAGUUCAGAGGCGGAAGAUCCUGACUGCUGGCGGGACGCGGGAGUGCACUGUUUUUUCUACCCAAACUUGGUACAGCGUUUCUACAUUUUUGUCCCAAAUUUCAUUGUCAGAUGCCUCAUUUGCUUUACCCCUUAGCAGCAGCUGGCAGACGAAAGUAUCGAGCAAAGGUUUCCUUGCACUGCAGUGCAGAGAGGUUCCGAGCAAUGUCAUCUAAAGGUAAGAAUUACUUAACCCACCAUUUUUAAUCCAUUUCUUUUGCCACCCUCGGUGUCCCCUCCACGGUGGAGUCUCAAGCUGGCUUAGAUCCUUUUGGUUGAAAGGUGUCUAAAAAGCCAUCCAGUCCACUCCUCAAUUCUGUACCUGGGGUGCAACCCCCAGGGAAGCUGAAGGACUUCUGUCCACCCUCACACCGUAGGCUCUGUAGCAGCGGAGCUGGGACCACUCUCGUGUCCCCUUCUGUGUAGGGGACACGCCGGCUCCACAGUCUGAGGCAGGCAGCAACGGUCGGGGUAUGGACUGGCUUCUCUAUCUGGUUGGCAUUCUGAUAAGAUUUUCUUGUAAUCUGACAAAGAUCGUUAUUUAGUUUAUUUUAUUUUGAGUGAGAAGAAUCUUAUUUUAAAACCCACUCAUGUGAAUUACCGUCUUGUUUCUUUAGAACUAUGAGACAUGUUUUCUACAGUAGAGAGGACACUGUAGCACCCCAGAAAUACCCUUCUCGAAUGUUGAGGGUCUUCAUGAGGGCUGAACAUGAGGGUCUUUUCUUCAAAUUCCCAGUAUGUGUACGUUUUCUGAAUCUCAAGUUCAGUGAAAUUCUUAACCUAACAUUGUCACUACCACCUUUUCUUUGACAGUGUUCCUUUUGUCAUUUAGUGAUUUUCCUGGGUUUGACAUACUGUUCUACAACACAUAUGCUUUUUUUGAAAGCCGGUUCUCAUGAGGUAGCUGUCACACUUCUGUCCGUCCUGUUUACUGAAGUACCCGGCACGGAAUGCACCAAAACCUAGCGCGGUGGCUCUGUAGGUGCUUGCGAGUUCAUAUUGUUAAUACACUUGUCGGUCCACCUGUCAUUUGUGCAAUACUGUACGUGUGUAGAGAAUGAAUUGUCAAUAAAAAAGAACGUGGUCUCUG